AACUUCUUCAUUACUUUCUAAAAUUUUGUCUUAUUUUAUUCGAAAUAUUAGACAAAUAAAACGAUAAAUAUAAAUCCUUCAAUUGUUUUCGUUCGAAAUUUAUACAUUUAUACAUUUAACGACGCAUAAUACUUACAUAAAUCACAUAUUUAAAUAAAAGAUCAAAAAAUAUUCUUAUAUGUCCAUGAAACUCGCCUUCGUGAUUCACACGCUUGGACACCUGGAUCUUUUCCAAGAAUCAUGAGUCAAAUCUGGAAGAAAUCGGAUGAGUAUUACCAAAAUAAUAGUUUUAUUCAUGUAUAUUUAAAUGUAUAUUCUUUUUUCCGUCGUUUAUGAAAAAUCAGAAUUAAAAAUUCUACGUUGUUUGGGACAUUCGAUGUUAGUAUGCAUUAAACGUAAGUCGUGCACCGCCAGCUACCGGCGGACUAGGCAGUGUCGUCGUAAGUUGGAGAGGGGCACGUAGAUAGCACGUUACUCGUUCUUCGUUCUAUGCAGUCGCGUGUAAUAUACGUUUGUCGUUCAUCGGUAGUUGACGAGCGCGCUUGAAGUCGUUGCUUUGGUUUGCGAAGGACAUUCGUACCGAUUAGUCGUCCUUUCUCGGUUUACUUGUCAUUUUUUUCGAAACAGCUCGUAAAUGCUACCUAAUUUAACCUAAUACUAUCAAACUUGUCUCACGUCAUGAUACUGUCUCUUAGUCGAUUAUACGUAAAGUAAAAUAUAAAUUAGAAAAAUUAAAAAUUGAAGUAACGAAACAGAUUUCAAUAUAUCUGUAGUAAGUUUGAACAUUUGCAGUGAAUGGUGGACGAUGAACUUUUUGGCCCAUGGGGCCGAAUACUCAUCAUAGUCGUGAUAGCAUUGAUCGUCAUCGUUAUCUUACUCGUGAUCGCCUGUUAUCUAAUACCAGGAUGCCAUGGAUACGAAUACAUCAGGAAACGAAAACAAUUCUUUGCAGAAAGAGAAACAAAAAGUGUGCCAUUAUGUCUAAAAGGCAAACAAAAUGAAAAUGUGAAGUUAAAUGAUGUCAGCUACAGAUCUUGGAGAUUGGGCAGUCUUUACGAAGGCAGCAGCAAUGGUACGAUCGAUGAGAAUGCAAGUCCAAACGAGAAUUCCUAUAAUUCCAGCAACGCUCAGUUUGGUUUCACUGAUACCUCAUCCACCCUGAACUUGGUGCAGAAGGAUAAGCAAAAAAGCGAGAAGAAACAAAAAGAAUUCCCCACUGAAUUGACAAUAAGCUUACAGUAUCUGCCGCCUUGCGAUGAGACUAUUACCGGAAAACUCGUUAUCGGUGUCGAGGCGUUAUCCGGUCUUCCUCCAAAGCAAUAUAAUUGCACGUUGGAGCCAUACGUGACACUAAACAUUACGAAGCAAUCGUGGAAUCAUAGGAAACGACAAAGGUUACAUAGUUUUCGAACAAGGAGUAUCAGGCAUACGGCGAGUCCCAUUUUUAAGGAGGCGUUCGGUGUGGCGAACGUAAGUCCUCAGGAAGUUAAGGAGUGGAUUCUCGACUUUAUGGCAUACGAUCAUGACAGAUAUGCUAAUGACACGGAAUUGUGCAGCUUGAAAGUAUCCAUGAAGGAAGUAAAGCACGUUCUACAAAGCCCGGAAAUUCAUAUGUUCAAUUUCAGGAUGAAACCAUCUAAUUUGGAAUUUGGAAACAUUUUAUUAGGUAUAAGUUAUUUACCCACAGCACAGAGAUUAGCUAUAAAUGUAAUGAAAGUACGUGAUGUCAAAUUUACACCACCAGCAUCGAGUUUAAACAACUUUAAUUUUUAUGUCAGGAUAUUGAUGCUCAAUGGACGAACUGGACAUCGAAUAAGAAAAAAAAAGACUAAAUCCGUCAUUGCGAAUUCACAAACAGAGUUCAACGAAACCCUGACAUUUGACGUAUUGUAUAAUCAAUUAGACAUUGUGCAAUUUCUCAUCGUGUUAUGCAGCAAAGCUGCACCUCUUGAUAUUGUUACGAGUAUUAUGGAUCAUCCGAGUGACAGUGAAGAUUCAUUAACAUCAAUUCAGAAAUCAAAUAAUAUUUAUGUCGGUAAGGUUGCGUUAGGAAAAGGAGUCAGAGGUUCGACAGAAAGAUUACACUGGUUCUCUAUACUUCAAAAUCCUAGAAAAUUAGUUACCGUAUGGCAUGUUCUAAAAUAAAUAACUAAAUUGCGAAUUUAAAUUUUUAUGAAUACAUAAUAAAAUGAGUACAAUAAUAAGAUUAAAAUGAAAAUUUGUUUCAUCUCUUAAAUAUCAUAAUAUAUAUUUUAGAUUGAAUUUUUUUUUUGCAUAUCGUAUGCAUUUUAUAAAUUUUUAUAGAUUUAUAUUUUCUAUAAAUGUAUAAAUUUCCAAAGUCUAAUAAUAACUGAAAUUUUAUCGAUAUUAAAGGAAUAAUAGCAGAAAUGCAAAAGAUAAUUCAACGUUAUUGCUCAAUUUGUAUAUGGAUGACAUCAUUGUUAAUAUCAUUUGAAGAUGAUAUUAUUGUUAUUGAAAUUAUAUUAAAUUUAUAAUAUUAUAAAGUAACAUUGUGUUUACUUUCAAAUAUUAUUAAAUAUAUUAUUAAAUAAAACUAUAAGAUUCCAUAAUAUAUGUUAUUAUUCCUAGUGAAAAAUUUCCGGUCAAAAAUAACAUUACCAAAUUCUUUAUAAAUAUUCUAGUUUUUGAAAUGUAAAAUGUUAUAAUAUAAAUAUAAAAUAUAAAUUUAUAAAGAAAUUAAAAUUAUUCUUUUAAAUAUUUAUAAUUAUUUAAUAUCUUGACAUUUCUGUAAUUAUAACUUUAUUGAUAUUAAAAUUAUUAAUUAUUUUAUUUUUUUACUUUUUUCUUCUCGAUAAUAAAUAAUUCAAUUAUUCUUGCCUAUUUGGCUACUUUGAAUCAAUUUAAUAUUUUAUUGUAUUUUAUAUUUAUACCAUAGUAUUUAUUAGUAUUUUAAAAUUCGAAAACUAUAGUAUUUUUUAAAAAAUUUUGAAUUUGUUUGAAAACUUUUUAUCAGGAAGUGUCAGGGUUUUCAGUAAUAAUAUUAUAUAUUGAAUAAUUAAUUAAAUAUAUUAAAUUAAUAGUUAAACAGUGCCAUAGGCGAUUAAUAUUUCAAGGAAUAUAAAAGUUUCAGAUUAAAAAUAAAUUGCAAAUAGUAUAAAAAUCUUAUUUAUUCGCUUAGUUUAUUUCAAAGUACCUGAAUUUUAAAUUUUUGUUGUUAUUUUUGAUACUAAUUUCAGUACAAAUUUUUAAUAUUUAAUAUCAUAUUAAUUUCAAAACAUAUUAAUUUUUAAUAAAUAAUUUAUUGAUUCAUAAAAAUAUUGUUAUAUUUUGGGCAAUAAUGUUAAAUUAAAUAUUAUAUAUAAGAAUGUAUGAAUAUACGUAUAAAAUAUAUUUCUAUAUUUAUUUCAUAAUUAUAAAUAAUAAUAUUUGCGUAUAAAAUCGCAACCAAAGAUUAUGAAAAUUAAUAUAAUAUAUAUAAUAAAUAUAAAUUUUAUAAAUAUUGUUAUGUUAAUAUGAAUUGUUAUUGAAUGUUAUUUAAAAUUAAAUAAAUAAUAUAUAUAUAUAUAUGUCAA